AAAACUCAAGUAAUGACGUAAUAUAGAAUGAAACAGGUUUUGUCACACAUUCUUCUGCAAUGCACACUGUGCUGCUCAUCAUGGUCUCUGCGCUUUGGCCACCUGGGGGCAGUAUGCGACAGACACACGGCUAUGCUGUACUGGAGGCUCAGCUCCCCUCUCUGCUUUUCAGUAUGGCAGUAAGAUUAGUCGUUCUUCGCAGAGGAUAAAUAAUAGGUACCUGUGAGUAUUAUAUUAUCUUUCUACAUGUGUUGUUCCACUGUUUGUGUGAAGAUAUCUGUUGCUUACAGCGUAACAACACUGCCACAUGGAUGCAAAUUGUUAGCCCGUAUGCCUAUGGAGUUGCCCAUUGUGUGUUAGCAUUAAGGUAGCAGAGGCCAUGUGUUUUUUUUCUUUUCUUUAAAUACACGUCAUUCUCCGUUUUACGUUUAGUUUGAUCGUAAACUUCAGCUGAGAGAGGCAAUAACCAGCUUGAAGCCUCCUUUUUAAGGAAUAAUUACUAAUUAUAUACGUAUUAUAUCUUUCAAACUUCCGCUUGUUGUGAAAUGAGUCGAGUCUCCUGCCGUCAUACAGCGAUCGUAUCUCAAGUUUGCGCUCACAAGUCAAAGCAAAGAAAAUUGGCCCAUUGACAGCUCAUAUCUUGAAAAACUCGUAAGCAGGAUAGGGUACCUGCAAAUGCAGUAUAGGAAUGAAGUACAAAUACUUUGGAACUUCCCACAACUGCCGUUUCCCCUCUUGUAAUUUGCAUUCGCAAUUGACUGUAUGCUGUACAUUGGCAUAGGUCAGUGCCUAGCGUGACUGUAUGGAAUGUGAUCAAAUAAAGUGUGAGACCCUGACACAGUGUGUGGUGGCGGGGGGUAACGUUCCAGUGUCACAGACAAGCACGCCUGUGUCUGUAAAUAGCAGGAUCUGAUCAGCGCUUCACCCAAACAGGGAACUCUCUUCUCACUCUCUCUCUCUCUCUCUCUCUCUCUCUCUCCUUCUCUCUCUCCUGUCCAUUCCGAGCUCUUAACGCAUGUCUGAAUACAGCCCGGACAGGACGGGAGACUCAUCACAACCGUCAGGAAGAAGGGAGGAAAACUUACAAGUUACAAGGAUACGUGUGGGACGUCUUUACAUCAUUGAAAGCCUCCCCUCUUUUUGGUUUUAUGACGGAAGGUGUGUUGCCUUGCGUUGAAUCUCUUAAGAAGUGCUCUCCAAUAUGAAUACAGAUAGUGGCGGAUGCGCUCGCAAAAGUGUGGCUGUUACGCUCACGCUCUCGCCCAUGAAGAGGGUCCAGAGCUCACCCGAUCUGGCCUCAGGGAGUGAUCCUCACUCAUCAGACUUCAAUUCUUGGCGGUCUCGCAGUGCAACCGAUGGCCUUAAGAACAGCGACGCAAUCAGCUCGUCUCUGGCCGCCAAAGGCUUUCGCAGCGUCAGGCCCAACCUGCAGGACAGAAAGUCACAGGGCCCCGUCUCCUUUGACUCCACAGCACGUCACUCCCCCUUUCUCAGCCACAGCUCCGAAUCCCUCAACUACCUGUCGGGCCUAAUGUCCAAGGGGCUGUCACCCAGCCCGUAUGUCGCUACCGUCACCACAUCGCCCCCCGCCUCUCCCGUGACGGUCUCGGCUCUCAGCCACUACUCCUCCUCCACGGCGGGUCUGCUGGACGAGCUGCAGAUCUGUAGCCUGGACUCGCCCGGCGCCUCGCCCACGCCAUCGCCCACCCUCAGCCACGUCUCGGUCUUCACAGCCGCUGCAACAGCCACUGUCACUAACGGCCAGCUGCUCUCUCAUGCCAUGAAUGGGGGAACGGUGCAUGCACCGAGACCGCUUUCGCCACCAUCUUACCCGCCGCCACCCACCUCGCUUCGCACCGGACUCCUGAGGCCGAGCCAGAGCUCUGAUGUCAUCGAGGCAUACACCAGAGAGUCUGUGGUGUCGGGCAAUGCCAGCUUCAGAAGCACCGUGCCCAUUGCCAGCUUCUCCGAGGAGGAAACCAAAGUGUCCAUCAUCAAAGCCCCCCAUUACGAAGGCAUCGGACCAGUGGACGAGUCGGGCAUUCCCAUUGCCAUCCGCACGACAGUGGAUCGGCCCAAGGACUGGUACAAGACCAUGUUCAAACAGAUCCACAAGGUCCACAAAGCGGAUGACGACUAUUCGGACACUUACAGUGCAACAUUUGCUAUCGUUAACAACGAUGACUACAGCAUGCCACCAAGCGCCACCUUGGCCCACCCGCCCCCACGUACACAUACCUACAGGCCGCUCGCAAAGAGCCCGUCGGACAGCGGCGGGCAAAACCUGGCCGGCCGGGAUCCCUCUCCUUCGCCGUCACCCGUGCCUCCUCCCCCGCCGCCGCCGCCGCCGCCCUCCCUGCUCCAGCUGAGGGCCAGAGACAGUGACCGUGACACACCAGAUAUGAACGAAUGGGGUCCACCCGACAGGAAAGUGGACACAAGAAAGUACCGCGCUGAGCCAAGGAGUAUUUUUGAGUACGAGCCAGGGAAGUCCUCCAUUUUAGAGCAUGAAAGACCCACCUAUGAUGACGUAGAUUUAGAGAACGAGCCUUGGUAUAAGUUCUUUUCCGAGCUGGAGUUUGGCCGCCCGCCUCCUAAAAAACGGCUGGAUUAUAAUCCAGACGUCUCGGCUCGCCAGCGCAUCGAGGCAACCCUGCCGGUCGCUCCUGUCGACAAGCCCCCAGAGAGACCCGCGAGUGCUGCCAGCGACUACAGAAAGAGAAGGAAGUCAGAGCCUGCCGCUUCCCAGGCGAGCACUCUGUCAUACCCGAGCCGAGUGGCGGCGUCGCCCAAAACACCGGACGCCAGCAGGUCCGCCAGCGGCACCCUCAAGAAGCCCGUCGUUCGCUCCUCACCGUCCUCGCCCUCACGCACCAAAGGUGGGGCCGCAUGCGUCAUGUAUUCAAACACUUUGACCUCUCCCGGUUCUUGCCGGCACUCCUCACCGCCCCCUGUGCCCCUCCGUGACCCGGAGGCGGCAAAGCGAGCCUCCUCUGAGGAGGCUCCACCGCCGCUACCGCCCAGCGGCAAGCUCAGGUCCCGUAGCUGCGAUGACUUGCUGGGCGACAGUCCAAGCCGACGGCGCGCCUGCCGCUCAGAAAGCGCCGGCUCGUUGCUGUGCAACCGCUCAGACUCCGACAGGUCUGUCGGCUCUGUGCCCCACCUCCGCCGUCGGCUGCCGCACGACUCCCCGGGCUUCCUCAAGCUUUACCGCAAGAUGCACCACAUCGACAGGGCCCACCUGAUACCGUCCGAGGUGAUCCGUUCGGUCCGCGCCCGCAUCUUGGAGCUGGAGCGGCAGCCCCAUCUGCACCUGCACCGUCUCUCCCCUUGCGUGCCCUCUGGCGGCUUGGAAGUGCCGCGCGACACUGUGCCCAACCGCAUCUCCACGUACGAGAGUCUCAUUGAGAAGUCCAAAUCCAUGCCCAAUUUGGGGGACAGCGAGGUGCCAUCGGGCGCCACCACGCCAGGCGGCUCUUCGUCCCGAGCGAGCAGUGGCGGCGGCACCCCUAGUUUUCCAAAACGUCGUUUCUCAAUCGAGUCUUUACUGGAGGAGGGCGACAGUGGCAAUAGACCACCGCCUCCCGCUACGGACCGCUCACGCAAACCUCGUAGCCCGCCUGAGGGUCGGCCUCGCGUGGGGCCGGAGCCCGACCGUGGGGCCUCGUAUCCGGCUCCUCCCGUCCCUCGGAUGCCGCAAGCUGACUACUCUGACAGCGAGCAGGAUGCCAUCGCCUCAGACCUCAGCGACUUCAUCCAAGUCGAGGGCUCUUCGUUUUGCAGUGAGAGCGACUUUGACCACUGCUCACUGACGUCCUCGGAGAGCUUUUACGGCUCUGCCACACUGCACCACCGCCUCCGCCAUCACCACCACCACCCUAGUCACCAGAGUGUCGGCCAGAGCCAGGGCUACCAGCACCGACACCUCAUUAGCUCUUGCAAGGGUCGUUGCCCGGCCUCUUACACCCGCUUCACCACCAUGCUUCGUCACGAGCGACAGCGGGCCCGCCAGGACCCUCAGAGACCUUCGGUGCUGAGUCGCAGUGGCCGUUCCCAGGUCCAGAACGAGUCCCAGCAGUCCAUGUCCAAGCUGGCCUCCCUGGUCAGCCCAGUGCCUUUCCACAAGAAAAAGGGCAGCGGCGGCGGCGGCGGCGGCGGUCACACAAGCAGACCAAAAUCCAAGCAGGCUAUCUACGAAGCGCUGGACAACGCCCUGAGAGACAUCUAUGAGCACAUCCAAGCCGAGCGGGGCCACAGGGGCGCCAGGACCCCCGACGACAGCAUCCUGAGGAGAAUACUCUCGGAGCUGCUGCCUAACGUGCCCGAAAGAAGCUCUUCGUUGCCGGGAAGGAGGGGGUGUUGGCACGAGGUCCCCACGGACGGUUACGCCUCGCAAGGGGGAGAUCCGCUCACGCCACAAUUGCAGUCCCCCCGGCAAUUGCAGUCGCCAGUCAGUGCCUGUUACGGACGGCAUUUGGACACCACCGACUGUAAUGAUUACGGGGAGGAGCGUGGCAAUGGGAAUGGUGUUUUUUAUUCAGAGCAGGAUGUGCCCAGGAGCUACUCCACCACGGAUGGUCGCCACACGCCGCAGAUUCGAAGAGCCGCUCCUGACAGAGAGGUGUCUCAUAAACAGAUGACACAACUUAUUCUCUUCUCUCUCCUCCAUCAGAAGCAGCCCGCCCGAGCCAUUUACGACUUUAAAGCGCAGACGGCUAAGGAGUUAACGUUCAAGAAAGGGGACGCGGUGAACAUAAUCAGGCAGCUCGACAACAACUGGUACGAAGGCGAGCACCGAGGCCGGGUAGGGAUAUUCCCCAUAGCUUACGUGGAGAAGAUGGCGUCUUCGGAGAAGCAGCAGCCCAGCCGCCCGCCUCCGCCCGCCCACGUCAGAGAGAUCGGAGAGGCGGUGGCUCGCUACAACUUCAACGCCGACACAAACGUGGAGUUGUCUCUCCGAAAGGGCGAAAGGGUGAUCGUUAUGCGGCAGGUGGACCAGAACUGGUACGAGGGCAAGAUCCCGGACACGACCAAACAGGGCAUCUUUCCUGUGGCUUAUGUGGACCUGCUCAAGCGCUCGCCCGCCAAGACCUCUGCCCACCACCUCCACCACGUGGACCCCCAGGGAUACCAUAGCAGCAGGACACCCAGCUCCACGCCCAUCAAGACAUUCUACGGUCCCCCACCUCCUUCCCCCGCCCCCGCCCCCGCCCGCGACCACCCAUCCUCCCUGCUGACAAGGCCCGACCUGCGGGCGGUCACCUAUGAGUGGCUCUCCCUCACUGUGGAUGUCCCACCGCCUCGUUCCCUCUCGACCACGCCCAUGCCGCCCCCGCUCACCAGUCACGACGCGUCGUCUCUGGACGAGCUCCUGCCCGCCUCGCCCGAGUAUCCCUCCAGCGUUUUAGGUCCACUCGCACAUUCUCGCGGGCGAAGCUCGGUCGACCGAUUGCGCGCAACGAAUCCAAGCAAGUCGGCAAAAGCGGUGUCGGAGCCCGUGACGUCACAUAGCCGCAUUGAUGUCCAGCUCGGUGUGGCAGACCCUUACGACGACCUGUUGUCUGUUAUUCUGGAUGACCAGGACCGGUCACCGGUGCGCUCUAUAAAUAAGGCCCGAUUUCGAAAAUCUCAGCCAGAAGCGAAACCCCGAGCAAUUGAAUCAGCAGAACACAAGCGUGUAACAGCACACAUCCUGAGCCAAUCCCUCGUUGAGUCUCAGAGGCCUCCGUCAACUAUCGAGUUAUUCAUUCAGGAAGAAGAAGAUGAGGAUGAGGAGAUUUUUAGAGGGAGGCUCAGUAUACAGGCUGACGUCUGUCCCCCCACUCACUCGCCUUCUCCUCCCACCGGCCGCCCGUCAUCCUCCUCACCCCAACCCUUGAACUCUCCCCGGGCCUCUCCCCGCCCACCGCCUCUCCCCGUCUUCUCCACGUCACCUCCCGUCUCGCCCUCUCCCUCCGUCUCCCCCCUCCGCUCGCCAGAGGCACUGACUCCGCCCAACCCCGCCACGUCUCCCUCACCCCCAUCCCCCCUGCUCUUUACUUCCUGCCGCUCUCCCCCCACAGUACCCCACACGGGCCGCAGGUCUCCCAAGGUGAAGGAUCCAGUCGUGGGUGGAAAGCCGCCUCGUAGCCCCAUCUUGUCUCGGAGGCCCGCUAGAGGUCGGAGGCGAUUAGUUCAGGAAGCUCUCCACGGUGGAGGAGAUCCCUUCCAGGCCGUGUACAACUACGCGCCGCGCAACGAGGACGAGCUGGAGUUGAGGGAGGGCGACGUUGUCGACGUGAUGGAGAAGUGUGACGACGGAUGGUUUGUCGGGACGUCUCGUCGAAGCAAGUUGUUCGGAACCUUCCCAGGAAAUUACGUCAAACAACUACCGUGAAUAAUUCCUCGCCAAACCCUCCUCAGCACAGAAGAUGUGUGUGUGUCUUGUGUGUGUGAGUGGCAACGCAACUCUCACUAGCCAUCUUCAACAGAAGACCUCGUUGGUAGAAUUUGUUUGUUUUUAACUCUUUGUACGCUUGUCUUUAUGGUCAAAGACAAGGCGAAAAAUGACGAUGAUGGAAAAACGCUUUUGUGUGUGUGCGUGCGUGCGUGUGUGUGUGCGUGCGUGUGUUUGUGCACGUGUGUUUUUGCUGCAUCACGUAUUUUUCAUUUGUUUGUUCAAAAAUUUCCGUACCCCAAAGACAUUCAACGACAAAUUUUGUGCUGUUACGUGCGCAAAUUUUGCCGGUUCACCAUCACCACUCGCGUUUAUGCACUUUAACCAAUUUGUGUUUGUUUGUUUGUUUGACGUCAGAUUUCACCUCCGAAGGAGAAAGUGUGUCGGUUUUGCGGGGCAAAGGGGGCUUGCCAGUUUUUUAGUUGUUGUAUUUAUUAGCGCUCCAAUGCUAGGGUAUGAUUGUAGUGUUGUUUUUGUUUUUUUUAUUAACGCAACUGAACCCACUUUUGAAGGAUUGUUUUUAUAAAGUAAAUUAGGUAGCAUCCCAGAAAAAGCACGUAGCUCCAUAUUUUGUUUUUACUUAUUGGAAAAUCAAGAAUUUUAUAAGAAUUAUUAUUAUUAACAAUUAUUAUUAACAAUUAUUAUUAUUAUUUAUAAGAUUUUUUUUAUUAUUUGUAUUACUCUUAUUGCAGUUCUUGAAAGAAAAAUGUAACUAAAAAUGUUGAAUUUUUUGAAGACUGACAAUAUUCAAUAUUUGUUAGUUUUUUUGUUUGUUUUUUUUUUUUUUUUUGAAACACAUUUUGACAAAAGAUUUUUGGUCAGAAUGUGGCAUUCGUAUCCAAAACGCAAACUUUUUUUUUUUUUAAAAAAAAAAAAAAAAAAAACCUUUGUUGGGAGAUGUGUGUGUACAUGUUUUUAAUUAUACAGUGACGAUCGAUAUACAAUAGGGUGAUAACCUUUUUUAAAUGAUAAUUGCAUUCUGUAAUUACGUCCAACGAAUGCAUGUUACCUUUUUUUCUUUUUAAUACGAAAAAAGGAUUUGUGUUUCGGCUAUAGUUUUUUUUUUUUUAACUCAAAAUUCGGAGCUACGUGUUUUUUGUCAAAUAUACAAUAUUGCAUUAAUUAACAUAAGAUAUGGAUUGUAGGCUGUCCGUUUAGUUACACAGGUUAGAUACAUUUCCAGGUUUUCCACCAGGGAGCGUUUGUACUACAUUUACAGCCACAUCUUAGCUAUAACGUUGCACGAAGGCUUUUUAUUUUAUUUUUGGACAAUGACUAUUGUUGAAGCACCUUAGGAUGUUAUUUUUAUCAUAAAUUCACAUUGUUGCUCACAUUUUCACAUUUCAGUGUGUGUGUGUGUGUGUGUGUUUUUUUUCUCAGCCUUUUAUGUUAUCCAAGAUCCACCUGCUUUAUAAAAAAAAGAUCACUCACUUUUGGUAUUAUUAUUUUUUCUUCUUUUGCCACCUUUUUUCCCAUCAACAGCGCCACCUUCUGUGUGUUUUUACACAAUUUUUUCGUGACUGAACACCGCCUUAAAAAACAGACUAGCGUAUGUAACGUGAUGAAUGCAAAAAAACAUGAAUAAUGUUAAUGUCGUGAAAACAGCUUAUUUGUAAGCACAUCACACACACACACACGAGUCAAGUAUUUCUACUUUGCAUUUUAUGGGGCUGUAUUAUUAAUAAAUGCUUAGAUUCAUGAUCAUA